CUCGCCAAUUGCUGCCACCAAGCCAAGCCAUGCCGGCGGCAGCACUCCCAGACCCACCGAUAGAGAUCUUGCAGACUGCUAGCUCGACCUCGACCUUGCCGGCCACCACGGGCAUCGUUCCAGUAGAUGCUGCGUCAUCGGUCACGACAGGUGGUAGCGCACCGGCCGUUAACUGGAGCCUCCCGCCCAACAAACCCGGAGGAGCCACCCCGGCGCGAGAAAUCGCGCCGCCUUCCGCCACCCCAGGCGUGAACUGGAGCCUCCCGCCGCUCCCGCUCCCGGUCAACAACUUCCACCAUGAAGCUGUCCUGGCGCAAGAAACCGCGGCUUCCUCGGGCGGGGCAGCAGGCUCGGUCGCCGCCUCGGCCAACGGCCUCCCUACCCCCGCGCAAGAAAGUAAACUAGCAGCGUCGUCGUCGUCGUCGAUCGCUCCUGCAGACGCGAAGGCCACGGUGAACUGGUCCCUGGUGGUUACGCCGCCGACCAACGCAGGCACGGCGUCUGUGGCCGGACAGGCAGCCGGGUCGAAAUGGGCCACGCUUCUGUCCAAAAUCGUCAACGACACGGCGCUCCCGGACCCGGAGAAGGUCGACGGGUGCAUCUGGCGCGUGGAUGUCGCGUCCCUGCCGCCCGGAGCGUGCACCCCCGUGGUGGUGGCCCUCGGCCCGCUGUUCCCCGUGGAUCAGGCGCACCAGGGGAUGGAGGAGACCAAGUGGAAGUACGUGCAGAACCUGAUCCGCAGGGGGCACCGCAAGGAAGACGCCAAGAACAAGCUCACGGAGUACCUCACCCACAUCAACUCGAUGGAGGUCCGGAUCCGGCAGCGCUACGACCCGUCCGAGCUCCAUAUCCCCAAGGAGAAGCUGGUGGAGAAGAUGGUGGUGGACGGCCUCUUCGUCAUCGAGGUCCUGAUGAACCACUGGGUGGGGAAGAUCGACAAGGGGUCGGCCUCGCCGGAGGCGACGGCCAGCACGGCGGCCGAGAGCAGAAAGGCCGACUUCACGGCGCCCCUGGCGUCCACGCUGGUGCCGCAGGACAGGCGGGAGGAGUUCACCCCGCUCAAUGUCCGUUGGGAGCCGUACGCGCUCCGGUUCGACCUGGUGGCCGUGCCGAACCAGAUUCCAUUCUUCGUGCUCGAGGAGCUAUUCAAGAUGACCGACAUCCCCGAGCUCGGCGAGCUCGAGAAGAAACCCGUCAAGCUCAAACAGAUCAUACUCGACUACCUCGUCGGCGACGCGGGCGACGACAUGCUAGCUGUUUACGAGGGCCGCCCCGUGUUCCACAUCCUGCAUCUCGUGUAUCUGUACCUCACAUUCUCCAAGGAAGAGCCCAAGGUUUCUGCCCUGCAGCCGAAGCGGCCGGUGACGGUGACAAGGUCUUCGUCGCUGGACACGGCCUUGGGCAAGCUGAAGCAGAAGGGCAUGGAUCUUCGCGCUCUAUACAGACGCACCGUCACGCGGUCCUCGAGCCUGCCGGUGGGGUGGAGGCAGUGGAAGGUGAUCCCGCCAUUGCGCGAGCUCGUCCGGGUGGGCGUGAAGGUGAAGCGGGCGGAGACGCCCCGGUUCGCGGAGGUCAGGUUCAGGAACGGGGUGCUGGAGAUCCCGGCCUUCGCGUGGCGGCGCUACCACAUCCGGCUGCUCACCAACCUGGUGGUGCUGGAGAUGUCCGGCUGGUGGCCGCCCGAGAAGCGGGUCUUCUGCAGCUACGUGAGGUUCAUGGCGGAGCUCAUGAUGAAGAAGGAGGACGUCGCGAUUCUCUUCAAGAAGGGCGUCGUCCUGGAAAACAACAUCGACGACGUUGAGAAGAGCCUCAUCUGCCCGUUCCUGAUCCUCGCGGACUACAGCCACGGCUCCAAGUACGUGGGCCACUUCGACGCCCUCGUCCGCGACAUGGUCCGCUGCUACGAGCGGUGGAGCAAGGUCGGCCCCGUGCCAAGCAACGCCCGGUGAGAUCGUUCGUGGAGCCCAUCGAGAGCCACAGUUCCACACUCAAGUGCUCUUGCCGUUCUAAAUCGUAUUAUUUUCCCAUUGGCCGUUGCCAUGAUUUCUUAUUCCCCUGUAUGCGUGCUAUGGAGUACUUAUAUCGUCGUGUGUAUUUCUUGAGUGAUAUUGAUGAAUGCUUUCUGAAAUUUUCGAUAAAGGGUGAAUUUUAUUGACUCAAAAUGAACCAUCAAGAAGAUACAUAACACAGUGAGCAUACACCCGGCCUCUGCAUAGUUAGGAUGCACACAGCCAACACCACACACGCACGGAAAAACACGUCCACAACUAGCAAAGUCAUAUAAGACCAAAGCUAUGCGUAGGCGAGAAAAAAAAUCCCAAAGCGAUCUGAUGUGCGAUCGACAAACUACAACAAUAACCAUAUCCGCACCAACUAUCUCAUGACAUCACAUGGACGACGAGGUUCUUCAACAACAACGCCUUCAGGAAGGGAGGGACACUCAAGUGUCGUCGUCACCGGAUCCAACCAUAAAGUCAGAAUCUAGGUUUUCACCCUGAAGAAGCAGUCUGAGCAUAUUCGAGCAAUGCCUUCAACAAGGUAACGACGUAAAAAAACAUAGCCAUUGCCAGGCAUAACCACUCUCGGUUGACCUAGGAUUUCACCCCGAAGCUCAAGACCAGGUGCUCGAGUAGCACCACCAUCGAAGUCAGUCAUGUGUUGUCGCCACCACUUUUCCACAAUCUCAGUGGCUACAUGCGAUUCGACCGCCGCCACUGUACAACCAUCCCUCUGCGUCAAAUCAUCGUCCAUAAUUUGUAUCUCACCGCCGAAAUCAACAACCGGAUCAAGCGGGAUGAACCCCCCAAAAUCUUUCGUUGAUCACCGUCGUCGUGGAGCUAUAGAAAGUCCCUGCAUUUUGCAGUCACCACCAUCCGGCCGAUCGGAUCUAGAUCGCCACCACCAUGCCGCGGACCGUAGCGCCGCCGGCAGCCACCGCAUGUGCGGAAGGCUGGCCAUUGCCGGCAGCACCGUGGGAGCCAAGUGCAGCACGCCACCACCGGAGGCCUAGCGCGAGCACGUGGACGGGCAGGUAGUGU